AUGACUUCAGAUCAGGCUCACGUCAGCGUCUCCAGGGUUGUCCUUGUCCACUUCUGUCUGCUGUUCUGUGAUCUUCUCUUCUGGGCUUGUGUGUGGGCAAUACUGCUGUGGCUGGAUGGAGAGGGCAGUCUGGAUCUAUGGUGCCUGUGGGCUCUCAGGACCAUCACCUUCGCCGGGCUUUAUUCAUUAAGCACAAUUGUCCCAGAAAACCUUAAACCUCUCCUGAAGCGCUGGGUUGCACUGUUGAGCUUCUUACCUCCAGUGUUCGACAGUAUGCAGGUGCUGGAUGGGACCCUGAGGGCCUUCAGUCCUGUUCCUGAUCCUGGUAUGGUGAUCCUUAGCUCUGCUACGUCGAUCUUGAUUUAUAUGGUGUGGGAAAUGGCCUUCCCACAUGGUGGAUCAUCUAAGGGUGGCAGAAACCAGAAGAAAGACGAAGAGGCCAGAGCACUUUUAAUGAGGGUCAUUCGCUACUCCAGGCUUGAUUAUCUCUAUCUAGGAGCUGCUUUUAUCUUCCUCAGCUUGGCGGCACUGUUUGAGACGUUCAUCCCAUACUGCACUGAGGUUAUUGACAUAUUAAGCGGAAAAUACCAGCACAGCAACUUCUCUUGGGCCAUUUUACUCUUGGCACUGUGCUCACUUGGAAGCUCUAUGUUCAGUCUUCGUGGAGGGAUGUUCAUGUUUAGUCUCAACAGACUGAACAAGAGAAUACGAAAUAUGCUGUUUCAAAAUCUCAUGAAGCAGGAGAUAUACUUCUUUGAUGAAAUCAAACCAGGUAAUCUCGCAUCCCGUUUGAUCUCCGACACUGAUAAAAUGGGACGUGCUGUGGCCAUGAAUGUGAAUGUGUUACUGCGGAGUAUGGUAAAGACUUGCGGCAUGCUGUACUUCAUGCUGGGUGUCUCUUGGCAAUUAACUCUCCUCACCUGCAUCGAAAUGCCACUUCUGGCUUUCAUUCAGAAUUCAUACAACAGCCUCUCCCAGAAAACCUCCAAAGAGCUUCAAGACUGUGAUGCAGAGACUGGAGAGUUGGCGUCUUCUGUCAUUAGUUCGAUGAAGACCGUUCGGAGUUUUAAGGCCGAGUGUCAAGAACAGCAGCGAUAUGAACAAACUAUCAACAGGAAGCUCCAGGUUUUGAGGCGUAAAGGCUUUCACAGUGUUUAUCUCUUAAUACGCAGGUUUAUUACAGUGGGCUUGAAGGUAGCAAUGCUGUGCCAAGGCCGAAAUCUCAUCUCCUCUGGGCAGCUUAGCAGCGGCAGCCUACUGGCGUUUGUGUUUUACCAGAAGGACAUGGUGACCAGUAUGAAGCACCUUGUAUAUAUCUAUGGAGACAUGCUGAGCACUGUGGGUUCAUCAGUAAAGGUGUUCCAGCUGCUCGACAGGAAGCCACAAAUGAGAGAAGCAGGCGAUCUGGCACCAGAAAAGCUUAAAGGAAGAAUAACUUUUGAAAAAGUCACCUCCUACCUUUCCCGCCCUGAUGACCCAGCACUAAAGUCUGUAACACUGGAACUGAGUCCAGGGAAGUUGACAGCAUUGGUAGGACCCUCAGGAGGAGGGAAGAGCUCUUGCGUCAGCCUGCUGCAGAGGUUUUAUGAGCCUAAGGAGGGUGAGAUGUUCCUAGAUGGAGAACCUCUGUACCGCUACCAACACCAGUAUUUGCAUAAAAAGGUGGCAAUGGUAUCUCAGGAUCCUGUGCUUUUCUCGGGCUCCGUGAGAUAUAAUAUUGAAUAUGGUUUGCAGAACUGCACACUCGAAAGAGUAGAAGCUGCUGCUCGAAAAGCCAAUGCACACAACUUCAUAUGCAAUCUGGAACAGGGAUAUGACACAGAUGUUGGCGAGUGUGGUGGCCAGCUGUCUGCAGGCCAGAAGCAGUGCAUCGCCAUAGCCAGAGCUCUGAUAAGAAACCCUCAGAUUCUGAUCUUGGACGAGGCCACCAGUCACAUGGACUCCAGCACACAACAAGCAGUUCAAGAUGUGCUCUGUAGCAUAACAGAUCAGACGGUUCUGGUGAUAGCUCACCGUUUGGAGACUAUAGAGAAAGCAGACCACAUUAUCUUCAUGGAAGGAGGUGAAGUUGUGGAGCAGGGAACACACCAGCAGCUAAUGGACAAGCAAGGAAGAUACCAUCGGCUCAGAGAAAAGCUCUUUAACAUGGAAACAACAGGAGACUAAAGUAUGAGAUAUAUGUAGAAAUAUUUCACGCGCUACAGAAACUUUAGAACACACUCACAGACUUUAAUAUAGAUUAAACAAAUAUUACAAAUUCAUAUGUUUUGAUGAAUUAUGUGCCUAAGGGUAGGGCGAAGUCCAGUGAAGAGGGUUUUAAGUGUGAGUGUGUGUGUUUACAUACUGUUCUCAGUAUGUCUGUUUUUAUAGAGCAAUGAAUGAGACAGUCAGGCCAUAUGUCCUUAAAGUAAAACCAUAUGAAUUAAGAACAUCUACUGUAUUUACUUUUUAUUUGAUACAUCAUGAGUGUGUGUAGUUUAGAGAAUGACCAGUGGGUUUGCCCUCAGCUGCAGAAAAAUGUGGAACAGGAUAUCGGAUCUCUGAUUUGUCUUCAUUUCCCCACCAAGAGCUGUUUGAUUUUGAGCAUCCUGAAGAUCUUUAUAAAGAGACUGACACACACACACACAGAAAUGUAUAUUAGAGGUGUAUGGGGUUUUGUGCAAAACUUUGCUACAUGUAAAUGAAUACUAAUUGCAGAGUGAAGGUGUUGUCACAUGAAUGUAAAUUUGCAGGCCAAAAAACCAAGUGGCUGUUUACUCAUUAAUACUGUUUAUUUGUGUGACCAAAGCCUGCCUUUUCACCCUCAUAUUAAACUCUGGACUGCUAUUGA